AUCUUAGUCUACGGAUUAUGCUAACCUGGUGGAUAUAGAUAACAGAUAAUAACACUAUGAUCAGUCUCAUUUAUAUAUUAUUAUUAUUCACGUGAGAAAUUAAUUUCUAUUGUUCUUAUUUCCAGUAUUUCAACAAACACAAAACGUGUUAACAUUUAAUAUUUUUAUUCUGUAUUGCUCAAUAUGCCUAAAUUUUUUUUGAACUUUUAAACAAACGUAAUGUACAGUCACUGGAUAAAUAAAGUUUUCUUAAAUACUUAUUUAUGUUCAUAAUUGUUUAAAACUCAUCAAGAUGUUAAAAACUUUACUUUGUAUGGUUUUAUGGCCACUGUUGCUAGUGUGGAGUGAAUUGGCUGGUAACAAAUAUGCUAACUAUCAAUCAAAUGAUCUUACACCAAUUGUUAUAAAAGGAAAUUACUCUGUACCUUACACAUUUUCUCUCAAUAAUUUAGAAUCGUAUUUAUUUAUUUAUGAUUAUAUGCCGGUAAAUAUAUACACAAAUAAUAAGAUAACUAUGUAUUUUAUUAUUGAAUUUUGUUCUCAAAAUAUUGUUCUUUUUAGGACUCAAUUAUUAAGCCACCAAAGGUGAAAGUUAGAUUAAUCAAUCCAAACAAUUUUGUUGUUAUAGAUCCAUUAAUAGUUGUUGUAAGACACCAUACUGGUGUGAUAUCAUGGCAACUUCCAUACAUAGAAAAAGAACAAGAAAUAAGGUAUUAUGGUAUUGAUAUAUUAAGAGUAGAAAAGAAAUUAAAAAAUUAUUUUUAGAUUAAAACUAUUGAAUCCAAGUUAUCAUGACAACAAUUAUUUAGGUCUUACGUAUUAGAGGUUUAUCACUAAACUCUAAAGUACUUAUCCCUUUCUAAGUCUUAAUUUGUGUAUAAUUAUUUGUCUAUUAUAAUUUAUUUACAUUUUUUAUAUUUGUGUCAAAAAUUGAAUUGUAACAAAGAAUAUGUUGGAUUUGUUGUUUAGCUAUUAUAAAGCUGCUCAUAUAUUAUGUCCGCAUUUAAGUGCUCAUAGCAAUGAAAGUGGAAUAGUUGUAAGUUUAUCAACAAACAGUAAAAUAAAUAUCACCUUCAUUAUAACUUUGGAGGUUCAAAAAUCAUUCAAUGUAUUGUAAAUAUUUAAUUAUUUAGGUACUUAUAUUUUAAAUAUUAACAUUGCACUAAUUAAUAAAAUUAUACUAUUAAGUCUAAAUCAGCAAGUGGCUUUCAAUUUAUCGCCAUCAGAACCAGUUUAUUAUUAUUAUAGUUUCAAAGAAAAUUCUUCUAUGGUAUUACUUCAUGUUACUUCUGAUGACUACAUAUGUAUGACAUUGUCCAUACAAAAUUCAUCGGUAUGAAUAAAUAUUAAUUAUUGUAUUGAAUAUUUGUUUAAUAAAACAAUUUUAUUUUUCAGUGUCCAGUUUUUGAUUCGUUAGAAACAGUACAAUACAAUGGGUUACGACAAACUGUCAGUAAAACUGGUGGUAUUAUUGUAUCUGUAUGUUUAUUUUCUAUACCUACUAUAAAAAAAUAAUUAUUAAAAAAAAAAAAACAUAAUUGAGUGUACAUUUGUAUAUUGUUGUUAAAAGCAGAUAAAAAAGAAUUAAAAAAUUUACCAAGUUUCCAGCUAUUUAGUUUUAAAAAAUGAAGUGCAUUACCCAAGAUAAUAAUAAAAUAUUUUACAUCCUUAAAGCUCUAAAAAUUGAUUGCUAUAUUUGAAAUAGAAAAUUAAUAAUUAUUAUAAUUCCAACCCAAGUUAGAAAAAAAAAUAUAUAAUACAUAAUUAUUAUGUCAUAUUUUAUUUGUAGAACUGAAAAAUCCCAAUACAUUGGCCGCAUCCAAAUUAUUAUAUUUUUAUCUCUAUUAAAUUUCUAUUGUGUAUAUUAUCAUAUAUAAUAAAAUGCAUCAAUAUUAUAGUGUUUUUCGACCAGGACUAAAUCAAAGGCCUAAACGUCAGUAAUUAUAGUUAGAAUAGUUGUAAACCAAAGAUAAUUCCUUUAAAUAUUAAAUUGUAUUAUUAAAUAUUAAUACUGUUUAUACAUCAUGUUGAGAAUCUCUGAAUUUAUUAUUAUUUAUUACUGUAUUUUAAUCAGCUUAAAAGAAUACCAAUACAACAUUUAUUAUCUCAGCCUUACAUAUAAAAUAUGAACAUUAUACCUAAUUGUUUUUCUUUGUAUUAUUUAUAUUAAUAGAGUUGGUAUAAUUCAAACAUAAAACAGUAAUUUACAACCUGAUAUAUUAAAAAUUGAUUGAAAUAUCUUAAUUUUUAAUGUUGCUAAAGUGGCUUCUUAUAGGUAAUUUUCAAUUUAAAAUGACCAACCAAUAUAGUAAUUUACUAUAAUCUCCAUUUACAAUUCAUAUUAAAUAUAUUGAUUCAAACAUUUAAAAAUUAUUCAAAAAUGAAAACUGGUUAUAGAUAUUGUUUUCGAUAAUGUUUAAAAUUUAUUGUUUUAACCUAGAUAUAAAAUGAUAAUAAAAUAAUUAAUUUUACAAUAAUAACACGUAUGAUAGAAAAUGCUACUUUGAUAUUCUUUAUAAAUAAAAUGUUAAAUUGAAUAUUAUAUAGUUAUAUAAUUAUAUAUAAACUAUUUUUUAAUGUAAUAUUGCGGAAAUCUUAUUUUUUUGUAGAAAGAAGAAUACCCACUUGGAUUAUUUAUAGUUUUUGUAGUUCACAGUGAUGAUUUAGCAUGUUAUCAAGAAAGCAAUAGAAUUCAAACACAAAAUUCUAGAACAAAAAAUGUUAACUUUGUGAUGAAACCAACUGUUGAUUUUAAUUACCAAAUGAUGAAUUGUGUUAUAGUAAUUUGUAUUUCUAUUUUAAUAUUGCUAUUUACUGCAUUUUUAUACAAACCUAAAGGGUAAGUAUUCUUACUGUAUUUGCUCCUUGACAACUUUUUCACCAUCUGAUUUUUCUGAAUUAUAAAUGAAAUAUGCAAGUAUAAUCACAGCUGCUUGAAAAAUAAAAAUUAGUUUAAUAUUAGGUCCUACAAUAUAGUUUAAAUUUACUAAAUUUUAAACAUCUUAACAUUUUGACCUACAAUAAUCUAAUAAUAUUAUUAAUAUAUUUUUUUUGAUACUAAUGACAAUUAAUUAUAAUAAUUUAAAAUUUGAUCUGAUUAUAUGAGAUGUAUAUAUAUAUUUAUAUUUUUAACUUUCAUUACCAUUCCUCACUUUUAUAAUCAAAAUUCAAUUAAAUAUAACGAAUAAUUAGUUAAAUAUUAAUUUAAUUGAUAUUUUGAUUAAUUAGUUGAUUUUUGAUGAAAUAUGUUGAACUUAAAUUUUAGAUUUGGCAUUGAAAAUAAAAAGUUAAUAUUAUGUGCUUUAAGGCGUUUAGAGUCAAAAAAUGUCUAAAAAAAAAAAAAAACACAUAAUUAUAGAAUUAUUAAUUUUUUUUGCUGUAUUUAGAAUUUACUGUAGUAAUAUUUUUAAAAAAAAUUGAUGGUUUUAAGUUAGUUGAUGUGAAAAAAUAUAAUAUAACUUAGUGUACACUACUUACAUUUAAUAAAACAUGUACAUUUUUGCAAAUUGUAUAGAAAUGAGUUGGUUGUCAAACAAGAUGAACCAUCAACCAGUUUUUGUUCAACAUCUGUUCAUGGUAAGUAGGCAAAUAUUGCACAUACAUUUUCAGAUAACUAUUUCAUAACAUAUUUUAAUUACAAAUACAUAGUUCUUGUAAUAUCAUAGAUGAUAUAAAUUAACUUUUUUCUUUUAAUCAUUAUUAAGAAAUGUACUAUACAAUAAAGUUAUGUAAUUAUGUGCAAAUACCUAUUUAACUGUUAAUAGAAAUUUAAAUUAAUAAUAAAAGUGGACACAUUUUCUAUCUUAUAUAGUUUAUCCAUAACCUAAUGUUUUGUUCUAAAGUUACCAAAAAAUUGGAUAUGUACAUGUGACAUAUUAUACUCGUGUAUACAAUUAGAAUGUGACACUCAAAAUAGAAACUAAAAGGACAUUUUAUGAUGCAAUCUUUUAAGGUAUUAAUAUGUAAAACCUACUCCAAUAGUUUCUUCAACCUAAACAAAACCAUGCAUUUAAAGUUAUGAAACAAAAAAAAAUGUGUGUAAAUGUGGUUAAUAAUAUAUGUGACAUCAGUUUAAGAUUACUAUAAACUAGUAAUUUUUAUAUUUUUUUAGAUUCUGAGUGUAGCAAGAAAUUAUUAUUUUUAUUUCACAUGGCAAGAAAUGUAUAGAUUUAAUUUUUUUUUGUUUUUUCCCUGUAAACAGCUUUACUACUAGAAAUCUCGUUCUGCCAAGAACUGUUUAUUAGCAUUUCAGAUUUAGUUUGUGCACUGAGAGAUAAUUUUUUUAAUUUAAUAGGAGUUACAAUAAUGGUUCAAAAAAAAAUAUAUAGGAAACAAUGGGCAAUUAUUUAUGGCACAACCGAUGUUACCAAUUUCAUUAUUUUAAAUUUUCAUGACAUUUCAAACCAUAUGUUACCAGUUUAUCUCAGAAUCUUUUUUUGUUAGCAAUGGUUUAACAUUGUAUACAUAUAUAAAUUGAAUAACUCUAUAUUCCCAACACUUACAACAGUGAUACAGCCAUCCCCAGUAUCAGCUCUAUUUGUUGUAAUUUUUGUAAAUUUGUUUUUAUAUUUUAUAGCUCAAUCUGAUAAUGUGAGUUAUGAUUCAUCUUUAGAUGAGACUGAUGUUGAUAUUUUAAAGUCUCCAGAAUCUUGGAAAGACUUAAUCAGGUAAUAUUACACUUUAAUUUUAGUUGGAGGGGGGGGGGUGAAUUUUCAGUUUAAAAAAGUGUUUUUAUUAAUUAGUAGAAUAUGAUUGUAUAUAAUAAUAAACUUUUUUGUUGAAUUGAAAUUAAUAAAUAACUUAUUUUAGUUUUAAAACGUGUAAUUCUUAACAAUUCAUAUUUUGCAGGACCAAAACCUGUUUGUAUGUUAGUGAUUUGUCAAAGAAAGAUUACAGAAUUUUAAAAGCUAAAUCUAGAUUGUAUUUAUGGAAUUUAAUAACAGUAGCUGUGUUUUAUUCAUUACCUGUUAUUCAAUUAGUAUUUACUUUUCAAAAGGUAAAUAUAUUUUCAUUUUAUUUAUUUAUUGUGGAAUACUUAAAAAAUAACUCUUAUAAAAUAUAAUUUAGGUACUAAAUCAAACCGGAGAUCAGGAUUUAUGUUAUUAUAAUUUUCUAUGUUCACACAGUCUGAAAUUAGGACCAUGGAAGUUUAGUGAUUUCAAUCAUAUAUUUUCAAAUAUUGGAUAUAUAUUUUUUGGACUUCUUUUUAUGGUGAUUACUUAUAAACGAGAAUGUGCUAUUGUACUUGAUAAAGUAAGUACUCAAUUUUAAAAUAGUUAAUUUUUUUUUUCUAUUUAUUUUUUAAAUAUUUAAUUUUUAGAAUUUUGGUAUUCCUAAUCAUUGUGGUUUGUAUUAUGCAAUGGGAGCAGCUUUAGCUAUGGAAGGUAUAAUGAGUGCUUGUUAUCAUGUGUGUCCUAACCAUUCCAACUUUCAAUUUGGUAAUUAUUUAAAUAACAUUUUGUAAUGAUUUUUUGAAAAUUUGUUUAAAUCUAUUUUUAGAUACAAGUUUUAUGUACGUUAUAUGUAUGUUGAGUAUGAUCAAAAUUUACCAAACCAGACAUCCAGACAUAAAUGCUAAAGCAUAUUUAGUAUUUUGCGUGUUGGCAAUCGUCAUUAUACUCGGUCUUGCUGGUAUUAUGUAUGAUGGUCCUGUAGUCUUUAUUUUGUUUACUUGUAUACACUUAAUAUUAUGUUUUUGGCUAUCGGCACAAAUAUAUUAUAUGGGCAGGUGGAAAUUAGGUAAAUAUGAAAAUAAAAGAAGAACUAUGCCUAUAAUAGUAAAGUUAGAACAAGUUAUUUUUUUAAUUAAAUUAUAUUAUUACUUACAGAUAAAAAAACGCCAAAAAGAGUUUUAAACCACCUAAAGUCUGCACCAAAUCCUUGCAUACCAAAGUAUCCAAACCGUAUGGUUUUGUUGAGUAUUGGUAAAUAUAUUUUCUAUUCUCUCUAUAAAUGAAAUAAUUAAUAAUCAACAUAUUGAUCCAGGUAUUUUAAUCAACUUGGGAUUAGCUAUAACUCAUUGGUUCAUAAAGUUUGGUAAUUUUGGAAAUUAUCUUUUAAUACUUUUUAUGGUUAAUUUGAUAUUAUAUUUAUCAUUUUACAUUGUAAUGAAGUUGAUAUCAAAUGAAAAAUUACUCUUUUGGCCAUCAUUAUACAUUUUAUUAGCCAUAAUAUUUUGGGCUGCUUCAAUGUAUUUUUAUGUGCACAAAUCAUGUUCAUGGACUGUAAGUCAUUUUAUCCCCUUUAUUAUAAUAUACAUUUAUUUAUGUGCUUAAUAACUACCGCCUGUCAUUAUGAUUUAGUUAAGUGCAGCUGAGUCAAGAACAUUUAAUACUCCGUGUACUUUUAUGGAUUUCUACGACAACCACGACAUUUGGCAUUUUCUAUCUGCUGUUAGUUUGUUUCUAUCGUUUAUGGUUUUACAUACAUUGGAUGAUGAUAUUUUCACUAAACCUACAACGACUAUACCGGUGUUCUAAUAAACAAUUUGUUGUACCUAUAUGUUUGUAAUCACAAGAAUUGUGAUUGAAGUUAGUAAAUGUCAGAUAGAUAAAUUAUUAUUAAAAUAAAAUAAAAUGUAUGAAAUACAUUUAAAGAUAUUCAAAUAAGUAAAUGUAAUAAAAAGAUUCAGGAAAAAAGGCUGCAAGACUAAUGACAGACACCCAGUGUCGGGACCCAUAAAAUGUUUAAGUUAAAAAAGAAUUCAGAAUAAUGAGAAAACAUUUCAAUAAUUCUAUUUUAACCAUAAACUACAUUUAAGGAUUUUUAUUUAGAUUUAAUUAAACAAAUAUUCAAGCGAUAAUAAAGUAUAAGACUAGGUUGGAUACCAAAAAAUUAAGGCUAAUAUUAUGUAGUUAAUAUCCUAUUCUUGGUGUUAAUGGUUUUAAUAUUCAUUGAUGAUAAAACAAAAAUAGGUAUAAUUUAAUUUGUCACUUUUAUAGUUUAUUAGUUAAUUAACUUAAAAUUGUAAAGAAUCUUAAUAUAAUUGAAUAUAAAUAUUUUUUUACUAAUUAGGCAUUCAAUCCUUCAAAAAAAAAUAUUUUUCAAGAAAAAAUUUUAUGAGUGCCAAAUAAUAAAAUAGAAAUAAAUUAUAUAUUGUAUAUUUCUUUUAACAUAAUUUUGUAAAUAUUUAUAUAAGUAUUAAAACUGUGAUUUGUUAUUAUAAAUAAAUAAAUAAAUUUAUUAUUUUUCUA